GCGUGGAGGAGAGAACGAGAAACCGGCGUGCGUAGACUCGCCGACGACGACGGUCGGUCGUGUGCCGCGCGCGCGCUGGUGAACGGGCGUGCACUGUGGACGAUGAUCCGGUGUUGUGCGCGGUAGCCGAGCCGCUUACUCACGGAUUACCAUGGUUGCUUCUAGUCUCCGUCGCACCCGGCACGCCGGAACGACGCGCCGUACUCGGUCACGGACGGCCUGCGACCACCGGGCGUGAAACAAAAACAAGCGGCUCGCUAGCGUCACCGGCCCGGCGUGGUCGUCCACCUGGCGCCGAUGUCUCGGCGCACGCGAGGCUCUGAGUGGCGGCCGGACGAGGAGUGGACAUCGGCUCGUGUAGCAUGAUCAUCGUCUGCCUGACAUGCCUUCCAUCUGGAGGAGCCUCAUCGUGCUUCUGGUCCUCGUCAUCGCCGUCCUGCAGGUGGUGCACAUCGCCCUCCUGUCGCGGCUCGAGGCCCGCAAGAGCCGCGGCGCGGCGUCGGCGGGCGCCGACGCGUCGCUGGCGCAGCGCGACGCCUUCGAGGACCGGACCCAGAUGCUGGCCGCCAUCCGGCGCAGCGCCGUGCUCGACUCCAGCGGCGAGUUCCACAUCGUCAACUUCCUCGCGCGAGCCGACAGCCUGCUCGGUUCUCGGAACCACGUGCGUCCGGACGUGACCCUGGUGACGCAGAGCACGGCCAACCACCUGCACUACCUGGUGGCGCUCAGCGAACGCUGGCGGGGACCCCUGGCCGUCACCGUGUUCGCGCCCCGCUCGCAUCUGUCGCUGGUCGUCGAGGUGCUCGUGCAGCUGCGGCGGUGCGUGCCCGCUCUCAGGUACAACGCGAGCUUCCACCUGGUCUACCCGCUCAAGAGCCCCGGUUCGCACCUACCUCCGGACGCCGGUUCCAGCCUGCUGCCCGACGACAACAGCAUCAGCAGCGGCGGCGGCACCAGCUCCGUGGACGCCACCUCUUCGCCCCUGGGGGCGUCGACGUCGUGCGACUCGCUGGCCGCGAGGCUCCAGCGCUCGGUGCCCGGACCGGAGAACUACGACCUCGGCGUGUCGUACCCGGUGAACCUGCUGCGCAACGUGGCGCGCCGCAACGCGCUCACCGAGUUCGUGCUGGUGCUCGACGUCGACCUGCUCCCCAACGACGGCCUGCACGGGCAGUUCGUGGCGUUCGCCCGCGAGAACCGGCUGUUCGUCGACUCGCACCGCGACGACAAGACCGUCUACGUGGCGCCGGCCUUCGAGGUUCGCGACGGCGUGCCCUCGCCUCGGGACAAGGCGUCCCUCCUGCAGCGGGUCGAGGCGAUGGACGCCCGGCCCUUCUACCUGGAGCUGUGCUGGAAGUGCCAGAAGCACACCGACUACGAAGCGUGGCAGCGCGAGCCGCCCGGCGACAAGCUGGCCGUGCUGUUCGAGGUGCUCUGGCGCGACCCCUGGGAGCCGUUCUACUUCGGACGCAACUCGGCGCCCUUCUACGACGAGCGGUUCCGCCAGUACGGCUUCAACCGCAUCAGCCAGGUGUGCGAGCUUCACGUGUCCGGCUACAAGUUCUCGGUGCUGAACAACGCGUUCGUGGUGCACCAGGGACUCAAGACGGCCGCCUCCUUCCACCGUAACAAGGACGCCGACCAGGAGCGCAACCGCGUCCUCUUCCGCCAAUUCAAGCUCGAGCUCAAGGAGAAGUACCCGGACUCCUCCAGGCGGUGCUACUGAUCGGCGCGCCCAGGCUCCAGCCGCCGAAAGGGGGGCCUCCUUCUGUACAUUCCUUCGCUGGCCUCCUGAAGUUGUUUCGUCUUUUUCCUCAAGGAGGCUCAAAGAGGUGCCGCCAAUGGACCUGCCGCAAAUGGAACUGGUGAAAAAAAAAACAAAAGAAAGAUAGCCCGAGGACUCAAGGAAAGGCAGAAGUAACAGCUCCUUGAGUGCUACUUGGCGGAUGUUGCUGCUUUGGGAAAUGCGCAGCCUUGAAUACUUAAGUCUUCGCUGAUGGAAACACAGCUAUCAAGUCGUUUGUUAUGCACAACUUGUCGUCGUUCUGGCUCGCGUUAACUGUAACGCUGUUCCUCCCCCCCCCCCCCCCCCCCCCCCCCCAAUACGCUCGGUGCGCAAUCUCGACGGCUAAGUGGGGAGGCAUCGUUGCAACGAUCCGACAAUCGAUGAUCCCAGUGCUUCCACGAUGGUACGCUGUCUUCUUCUACUCGGAGGGGAAAUGGGACUCAAGUGCUUUGAUGUGUGCCGCUCCCUCGUCGUGUAUCUCGCAGCUUUCUAGGUGUUUUCGCGAACGCUGUGGUGUUUUGACUUUCUUCUGCUAGUGGCGUCGUGAAGCCAUAUCCGAAAGCGGCUGGUACCUUAGCAGACAGCGCUCAUGCUGAUGAAGCUCCUGGAGACGGUGUUCAUGCAGACGGCGCUCUUGCAGACGACGCUUUUGCAGACGACGCUCUUGCAGACGACGCUUUUGCAGGCGAAGCUGCUGUAGGUGAAGCUUCUGCAAACGAAAUAGCUCAUGGUGAUCAAGAUAUGACGACACUGAUGCAGGCGCCACGCCUGCAGAUGACGCUCUAGCACACAAUGCACCUGCUCCUAUUGUCGUGUGUUCUGCCGCCACCUGUGGGAGCUACGCUUCGGCAGACGACAGGGGAGGAGACUGCGAUUCGACCAGACGACACUUCGAUAUGAACUGCUGGACACGCCUGAGGUGUCGUUGUUUUCUGUGUGAUGUUGUAGGUGCUGCCCGUCAAUUCCUUCACGUGACGCAGUAGGUUACCGCUUAGGCAAGUGACUUUAAGGACAUUGCGCUCUUGUUUUGAACAUCGCUUCAGCGUGAUACCCUGGUUCUGCGGCACUGUUCCCAUGCCGUGUUCUCUUGUUGUCUCUGUCGUUUAUUUCUGUUCAGUGCAGGCUGAGUAUUUCAGGACAGAAGAGUAGUGAUGGUUCAGCUGCUAACGACUGGAAGCUCAAGUACGAGGCAAGCAGCGCCAAAGGCUAGCUUCCUUUAAUGAUGUGCUGAGACAUAUUUUGUUAUGCCUAGACAGAAAAAGAAAACAGGAAACUCUAUCUUGCGUUUUAGCCGAAGAUACUUCGAGCUUUCAAGUAAGUGGGGCGCUUAUUGGGUCUUCUGUUAUUUGUUUUUGGCAGGGCAUGUUUUUCAUGGCACAUUGCAUUAUUAGAUCAACGCUUACUCCAUAAAUUGGCAAUGUACUGCGACUGCUAUUUUGUCUUGGAGUUGUGAGGAUUUCGCUGUAGUGCGGAUCCCAUCGGCUGGUCAAAUCAUGCAAUGACCAAGAAUGUGAAUACAAUAGUGUCUUUAUUGGAUGUUCUCAGAAAAAUUUCCUCGAUGUUCACUCGAUCUUUGACCUCAGAAAAUAGAUGCAUAGGUAUGCAGUUUUGUUUUGGGAUUCGCGAUGGGCAACGAGAGCGAGUUAAAUGGUAUCUCGAGGCAAAUGUGCAUCGUUUAUGGUACUUACAAAAUGUAAACUGUCAUCUUAGUAGUAAGAUGUCGCGUCUUGUGGAAAAGUGCCAUAACUUCAUUUUGUUUCUAGUUAACCUAGUCCAGCUUAUACCAAAGGCUCAAGGUCUUGUGCAUGACGAAUAAAGAUUUCUUGUUUUGUCGUGCCUUGCUCAUUCAGCCCUAUAGAGCAAAGGUCACGCGCUGUUUUUAUUUUGACUGAUGAUUCAGGCCGGAACAAUAUGUACGUAUGCUUUAGGUCGGCUGAACCAAUUGUUGCCUGAGAGAUGUUUAGUUAGUUUUUGUUAGUUUGCGUUUCUACAUUUUAUUUUGCGUUGCUGCAUUUAAUAACUAGAGCUGAAUUUGCUGUGCCAAUUGCCCCUGCCUCGGGGACUUCCUCGCUGAUUCUCACUAAUGUUAUUCCUCCUUACGGCUUCUCAAAAACGGCUCCUAGAAUUACUUCGUUACAACCUUUCUUUUGGAGAACAUCUUACCUAAUUAGCAAACGUAAGCACAGAGAUGUGAUAUACGAUGUGCUUAAUCAGUUGCCAAACGGAAACUAUGCGAUCUUUGAACCUGUCCAUUUUUUUUUCACCUAAAGCUUAUCACUGUCAGCCAUCUUGUCAGCCUUCGCUCUCCCUUUAGUUUUGUGCUUUGUAGGUGGUAGUUGCUUGUACAUGGGCUUCUUCAGAUCUGUGCCUCAACGUUGUCAGUGUUCGAAAUUUUGUCAAGGACAGCUUUGUCUGCAAAAUGCCGCCAGAGGGCAGCUCGCAUGCUGACGUAUUGCGGUGUCUGUGUGCAUCCUGUAACCGCUCCUGUCCCUUGUGUGCGCACUGAAUGUUGUGUAAAUGAGCCAGCCCUGUUCCAAUGACUGCGUGUGGCUAAGUUCAUUCCUCGAUUAUUGUCAAAUUUCCCCACAGUGAUGUUAUACUUGCGGGUCGUUUUCUUUCAUGCAGCAUUCGGGCAUAGAUAUUGCUUCUUUCGUCUGAUGCAUUUCAAAAGCCCCUGUCAUCUGCGAUGAUGCGGAAUGAAAAAUUGUAAAUUUUUGCUGGACUGGUACAGUGGCGCCACCUGUCAGUCUUAAGGCGAAACACCGGGGGCAAUGCUGUGUUUCGCUGCAUGUGGCGAAGAUGCCACUUCGUCUUUUUUUAUUCAAAAUUCAAACUUUUUGUCUGCUCGCAUCAUCGCAGACGACUCUUACAUCGGAUUAAUCUUGGAAUACCAGACGAGCGCUGUACCGAAGCAUUAUUUCGAACAAAAUGUACCAUGAAAUGCCGUCACUAUGCGAAAUUUGAGCAGAGCACGAAAGAACCAGCGAUUUCGCCAUGGGAGCUCCUUAAGCCUGGCACCGCCAUUAGUGCAACAUAUUCUAUAUGUUGUAUGCUGACGACAUUGUUUGCCAAUUGGACAAAACGACGAAGCAUGCCAUAAAGUUCUGAGAGAUUGUGUCCUGCGUCAAGCCGGUGCUGUAUAACAAGGAGCUUUAGGAUACGUCCUCAUGAAAGGAAAUUCAAUCGUCGGACACUCUGAUAUCUUUUGUUUUUCUAACCAGAAAAUUUUCAAGUCCGCUGCGCGGUAGCUCAUUUUGACUUCGUCUCCUUAAGGUUAAGAGCAAGGUUCAGCUCGUGCCCUUCUCACUCAAAGGCAUGUGGAACACAAAAUGAACUUUGCUGUAGGCGACCGCUGAGCCUAUUUGAAUUUUUAAAUAAUUUAUUCAUCGUGAAUGCCAAUAGGUAACUUGAAGGAACAAAAUUUUUAGACUUAUUACUCGUCAUGUAAUUCUGACAGCUAUCACACCCAAUCCGCGAUCGUUUAAAAACAGUUUGCAGAAUCUGUCUAACUAAACUACACUGUCAGUUCAUGGUGGCGAUGUAAACAGUGUACCGCAUACUACCAUAUAGUAUGGCACGCCAGUCAUGGGACCCCAUGACGGCUCGGCUCUCUGCUUUGGCGUCGAAAACGACUGAUCCGCUCCUGAACUUACGUAUCACUCUCGUAAUUGGUGAGUGACAUGCUGUCCUACCAGCCUCUGUAUAAUGUACAGUCUGUUACUGUGACCCUACGCUCUCCGUUGCUGUGUUUACUGUCCUUCGAGUGCAUGAUGUGUAAAAGAAAGUGUCGUAAUUAAGCUAGCGCAUUUGACAAAAAAAAAAAGAUACGGCAGAGCAUCUUCCGAAAUUUGGCUGAAAUUUCGGUCGACGUGGGCCUGUCGUCUUGUUGCGAAAACAUUUUUUUUUCUUUUCUGUCGCCCCGACAGAACUUCACAUGUUAAAGGAGGACGUCAGACUGAACGCUGAAAUAUGGCCAUCAGAAUGACAGAAUGUCGUUGUUGUAACGAUAGGACGGCAGAUCUCGGCGAAUAAGUUUUUGUCCCUGUAGUACAGCGUCAUGAAGAAAGCUGUAGGUCCCCAAGUUCAACGAUUUCGGUCGUUACGACAAAACAAAUAUCGUUUUUCGAAUAGGAGUCAGUGUACGUGUAUAAUGGAACGAGGAUUUGGUGACUCGCCAUACGAUCUGUGCAAUACAUGAGCACGAAAGUGAUUCAGUGUUAAACAUUACCAACGGCAGUUUCUGCUACAACUGUUUCUGAUUAUUGACAGUACGGGUUGCGAGACAAAAUAGGACUUUUUGCUGACCAAGGUUUACAGCAGUGACGGAAAUGCGGUAAAUGCAAUUACGCUCAUUAUUUAACAAAGUUUCGCUAAUUAUUUUCAUUGUUAACUUUAUGAAGAAUGCCACAAUUGAAGAAUUGAGGUCAACCAGUAGCCAUAGUAUAAUCAUUUGCCAAAUGCGCUGCGCUUCACCAGUAGGUUCUGAGAAAUAUGCGCUCAAAAUAUGUAGCCACUGCAUCAAUGGUCGAGUUUAGAAGUUGGCGUGCUGUGGAAAGAUGCAGUACAAGAAACUGUUAACUAGAACAGCUAUACGUUUGACGGUAGCUUAUGAAUGUAUUACUAGAAAGUAGUGGUGCACCAAGUUUCUAGGAAAAAAAAGGUGCAUUAUGUACUGGGUGAGUUAAACUCUUCAGUUACGUGUCUCUUAAAUUCAAUAAUGAAAAGUCAUUUGCGAACGUUCGAAAACAAAUUUACGAUGGUCAGGCAAAUUCUCAAGUCCACCGCUACUACAAAGAUUAGUCAGCAAGAAUGAUAAUUUUUAUCUAGAAUCUUCGACUUUCAAUAGUCUAAAACAGUUGUUGCUGAAGCACGCGAUAUAAGCGGGGCAAAUGUUGGAACAGCGAUGUACAGCCAAUGUAUCCCAACGGUGUGGUUGCGUUGGUCUCGUUCCCAAAGCUUGUAGUGUGUCUCCAGUGUUAUGCGGCGACCAUUAAACGAUGUAAGAGAAGUUAAGGUCGUCACGAAUGGACUCUCAAUGUUUCGUGUCGUUGGCCUGUACCCAGAGGUUGAAUGGUCUAGGGAAUGAAGUCAUAUCGCUGUUUGUACAGUACACUAUAACUGCGUGUAACUAAAUAAACAGAGUAUUAAAUCUUUGUCUUUCAAGCUCUC